UCCUCUCCUCCACCCCCUUUAUGGCAUCUGCCGCCACCGCUUCUCGCCCAGCAGCGCCACCGGUGGCCAUGCCUGCCCAAGCUCAUCCAUCCUCUGCCCAGCUUUCGGCCUCUACAGGCCCCUCUUCCGUUGCCUCUGUAAUGACAGAGGACGAGGAAGAUCUCGAGGACUACCGUCCCGGUGGAUAUCACCCCAUCAACAUUGGUGACGACUUCAACAACGGUCGCUAUGUAAUCGUACGCAAGCUCGGAUGGGGUCACUUCUCAACCGUUUGGCUGGCAAGAGAUAACACGACCAACCGUCACGUCGCUCUCAAGGUCGUCAAGUCGGACGGCCACUACACUGAGACUGCAUUGGACGAAAUCCAACUGCUCCAGCGGGUAACGACGUCGUCCGAGUCGCACCCCGGUCGCUCCCACGUUGUCGGACUUGUCGACGACUUUCGUCAUAACGGCCCAAACGGCUCGCACGUCUGCAUGGUUUUCGAGGUGCUUGGUGAGAACCUGCUAGGCCUUAUCAAGCGGUAUCAGCACCGCGGUGUUCCAACCCAUAUCGUGCGUCAGAUAGCAAAACAGAUCCUGUUAGGUCUCGACUACCUUCACACUGAAUGUCGCAUCAUUCACACCGAUCUCAAGCCCGAGAAUGUCCUCAUUUGCAUCGAAGACGUCGAGUCGGUCGUGCAGGCAGAGCUGGCCUCAUGUCCAGCUGCCGUGCCCACAAAGUUGGUCGGCGUACCGCCCAGCCAAGGGCGUGCUGGUAACCAAACUCCUCGCAAAGAGUCGUUGUUUAUCGUUGGCUCGCAGCCGUUGCCAAGUCCCAGCUCGAGCUACUCUAGCAGCCCGAUGCUCGACAAGUACGGUUUUGGGAUGAGCAAGAUCUCAGGCGCCGGUGCAGUCGGCCAGAGCGCGCCUGCAGGCCCACCCCGCGCCAAUGCGACUGAUGCAAUUGGAGAUGGCCUCGGCAAUGUCAAGAUCGAAGGCGAGAGCAGCGACCUAACCUGGAGCAAGACCAAGCCCGCACCUCCUAAAGUGCAACCCGGACCUUCGCUACUCUCCCAGCAGAUAAAUCAGCUCCCCGCAGACUCUCCUAACUCGAGCGCUCAGGCUAGCAGCAGUAGCGUCCCGAACAACGUCUCUAAUGCCUCCAAGGACGACAAGGGCAAGGCUAAGGCUCAUCCGCCUCCAACACAGACAGCGGCAUCCGACACGGCGGCCAAGUUUGCUGCGGCGGCCAAGCCUCAGCCAACCCCGGCGCGUCCAGACCCCGCGCCGUCUGAUGCCGGCAGUUCGUCUGGUGGGCAUCUGAACAAUCUUCAGCAGCUGGAAGCUCACCAUAUCCCAGCUGGAGAACAGAACGCACCCGUCGCUGGCGACCCUAACACACUUCCUCCUCCGUUCCCAUAUGACCCGAAGAGCUUGGAACGCAUCACCGUCAAGAUCGCCGAUCUCGGUAACGCAUGUUGGGUCGACCACCACUUUACGAACGACAUCCAGACUCGCCAGUACCGAUGCCCCGAAAUCAUCCUGGGCACCAGAUGGGGCCCGAGCGUCGACAUUUGGAGUGCCGCAUGCUUGAUCUUCGAGCUGCUCACUGGCGACUACCUAUUUGACCCGCAGCCAGGAACAAAGUACGACAAGGACGACGACCAUGUCGCGCAGAUCAUGGAGCUGCUCGGCGAGAUGCCCAAAUCUUUGGCGCUCUCGGGCAAGUACUCGCGCGACAUGUUCAACCACCGGGGCGAACUCCGACACAUCCAGCGCCUCCGAUUCUGGCCGCUCUUGUCGGUGCUCAAAGAGAAAUACCUCAUGGAAGCUGAGGAGGCUGAGCUUCUGACUUCAUUCAUCCUCCCAAUGCUCCACUACUACCCCGACAGUCGCGCACCUGCAUCGGAGCUUGUCAAGCACGAGUGGCUGAAGGGUGUCGUCGUUGAGGGCGACCUCCAGAUGGCGCGCCGCAACCAUGAGCGCGAGGUCGAACGUCUACGCGCCAUGGACCCCUCCCGCGAGCCCGUCCCGUUCCAGGAAAUCAUGGGUCUCGGCCCACCCGUGGCUGGAAUGGUCGGCAUGGGACGUAUCUGAGCUGGGCACAUUCCGGGUAUUGGCCCCUCGCAGGGCACCGGGACAUGGGAGGGGAGGGAGGGGACAGUUUUGGAGACGCGGAGGACGGUGGAGGAAGAAGGCUUGAGUAGUCGAAUCCCUCGCGCAUCGUGCCACAGCUGUUAUAGCGCCCAGCACACAAACCAUGGUCAACUUUAUGCGCGCCGCGGUUCAAUCCGAAUGCGGCCUGCGAGUUCGCCUGUGGGGGUUGCGCCCGCAUCAGCGAGCACUCCCACGACCCCACCACCACCGCCCUAGAGGCGGAUACCUUGUUUCCUUGCGUUUCUCUCCUUUUUUCCAUAUAGAGCGGGCCGUAUAUUGCUAUGCGGUUGUUAUUGUUAUG